GGUGAGGUGAAAUUUAGCUCAAAGCGUGAGGUGUCCAUGGCAAUGUAUGAUGAAGAUAUUUCAAAGAAUCCAUUCUAUUUAGCACUACAGAAGCGAAAGCCUGACAUAUGGAACCAUGUGGCGGAACUACAUGGGAUCGUGUUGGUGCCUUGCAAAAGUAGUCUGUCACGAGCCAGCCUGGCAUCAGCCAACUUUGAAUCUUACAUGUUGGAGCCAUUAGAGGAAAACAGUGGUAGUUAUCGAACAUUGAACGGAAAGGAAGUAACCAUUAAGGGAAAUCUAGUUAAUCUUGGAGCUGGCUUCAGCUCACCUUAUGCAAUACGUAUUCUGUUUGAAGAGACCUUUUAUAAUGAAAAGGAAGAAAGUUUCAGCAUAUUGUGCAUUGCUCGACCAUUAGAAAAGAAUUCCAGCGCAGAUGAGAUUCCCUCUCCUGUAUAUUCCAACUGCCUGAAAAACCUCGAGGAUGCUAAAGAGUUUUUGGGUCGGCAAUUAUACAAAGUGGAUAAGUACAUUGGAGCUUUCCGAAGUUCCUUUAGAGAGCUUGAAAUGAAAAGUCUACGGCAUCACAUAGACGCUGUGAAUGCACUCUAUACAAAAUGCUUGCAAUAUCUUUUGAGAGAUUCCCGAUUGAAAAUCGUGGCCAAACAGGAGAUGCAAAUGGCAUUGUUGAAGCAAGCGGUUGAGAUGUAUGUACUUCAUGGUAUCCAUGAUCAGAUCUUUAAGAGUGUGGGAACUAUCGAGGCCAGUCAGGAUGCUGCUUUUAAUAAAACUACCCGAGGAUUACAAGACCUUCAGCUAAAAGAUUUGGGGAUCAAGUCUGAGUUCAGCAUUAAUAUACCUCGUGCCAAACGGGAAUUGAGUCAGCUGAACCGGUGUACCAGCCCCCAGCAGAAGCUGAUUUGUUUACAGAAUGUAGUACAUGCCAUCAUGCAGUCCCCAAGCCAAAGAGUUAAUUUGCACUCUAUGUCAGCUGAUGAUCUGUUGCCUGUUCUGCUUUACUUACUGGUCAAAACAGAAAUUCCCAACUGGAUGGCCAACCUUAGCUAUGUCAAGAAUUUUAGGUUUUGCAGUGCAGUAAAAGAUGAGUUGGGAUAUUGUCUAACUUCCUUCGAAGCGGCAGUGGAAUAUAUUCACCAAGGCAACCUAAAGUUUGGACAGCCAGGUUCUGGUGACUUGAAUGACAAAGUCUUUUUUAGACAGAGGAUGAAUUUACUGUCUCAGCUGUCCACCGCUCCCAUUGAUUUCUUAUUUGAGCAUAUCGCAGCUGGUAAUCGGGCAGAAGUGGAAGCAUUGUUGAGUCAAGGUGAAAAUGUUGAGGACCACGUGCAGAAAAUGUGCCAUCCGCUCUGCUUCUGUGACAACUGUGAGAAGCUGGUGUCAGGGAGGAUGAAUGACCCAUCUAUAGUCACUCCAUUUUCCAGAGAUGAUCGGGGCUACACACCAUUGCACGUGGCUUCUCUCUGCGGCCAAGCAACGUUAAUUGACCUGUUGAUAUCCAAAGGAGGAACAGUUAAUGCUAUAGACUAUCAUGGAUUCACCCCGCUCCAUCUCUCCUGUCAGAAAGGAUAUCAAAAUGUGACAUUGUUGCUUCUCCACUACAGUGCCAGUUCUGAAGUUCAAGAUAAUAAUGGCAAUACUCCACUUCAUUUGGCUUGCAUGUAUGGCCAUGAAGAUUGUGUCAAGGCUCUGGUUUAUUAUGAUUUAAAUGCCUGUAGGUUAAACCUCACAAAUGACAAAGGUGAUUCACCUCUUCACAUUGCAGCUCGAUGGGGAUAUGACGGGAUAAUUGAGGUUUUACUGGAAAAUGGAGCAAGUAACGAAAUUCAGAACAAAAUGAAAGAAACUCCAUUACAAUGUGCACUCAAUUCUAAGAUAUUAGACUUGCUGGAAAUCACCCACAUUGGUAACGAUAGACGACAGAGUGUUCCCGAGUCCUCUAUCAGAUCUCAAUCUUCAACAGACGCCGGCAGUCAGAAGUCAUCUGUUUCCAGUCUAUCCUCUACGUCAGUUGAGGUGAGGCACGAGGAAGAUAAGGGCCGAUACAAAGAGGUAGAAAAAUUACUGCGCGCUGUUGCUGAUGGAGAUUUAGAGAUGGUACGUUAUCUAUUAGAGUGGAUGGAUGACGAGCCAGAGGAAGAGGAUGAACCUGUGUUGAAAUCUGAAUUCUGUCACCCUUUAUGCCAAUGUCCAAAGUGUGAACCUGCUCAAAAGAAACUUUCCAGUGUUACUGUAAAUGGACUGAGUGUGAAUGCUACCAAUCAGGAUGGGUUUACACCGCUACAUGUGGCUGCUUUACAUGGACACUUUGACCUUGUCUCACUUCUGCUGCGGCACGGUGCCAGUGUCAACACAAAGAAUUUCCACAAUUCAACUGCACUCCACCUAAUUUGCCAGCACAAUGAACCACAGAUAGUGAAAUACUUUCUGGAUUAUAAUGCAAAAUUGAAUAAGAAAGAUUCCUAUGGUAAUACUCCACUGUUGCACGCCUGUUUACGUGGCCAUCUAGAAGUUGCUGAGCUGCUGCUAGAGCAUGGCGCGUCCAUCAACCUCACAAACAACCAAGGGAAUACAGCCCUGCACGAGGCCGUAAAAGGAAAGCACGAAACUCUGGUGAAUCUGCUCUUGACUUACGGGGGUUCAAUCCACGUGCGAAAUAAACAACAGUGUACACCGAUAGACUGCGCUGAGGAAGUCUGCGGAAAGAAUAUGGAGCUUUUGAAGACUUUGCAGAGAGUAUCUGCUCAUGUGACUGAGAUGGAUGGUAUUCCCCGACUCAACACUGAUCGGAAGAAUCUCCCUGAAAAUGUCAAAAAGAAACCUGAUAUUUUUGUGAAGCAGACAGAAGCAGUAGAUGAACUGACCAGAGGAAGAACGCAGCUCGUGAACUCUAUUAAUAAAUUUAAUAAAUCCAAGCAUUUAAGGAAGACAAUGACCAGAGAUAAUAGCAUGCCGAAAUUUGAUGAACACUUAAUUCAUCAGUUAGCAAUCAAGACAUUUGAUAAAGGGAAAUUGAAACGAGUCAAAACAGUGGAUCAUAGCGGACCAUCACUUUUCCAUUCUGAAGUUGACGGUGAGAAUGAGAAAGAAAUGCUGGUGUCUCCAAACAGCAGGACAGAGUCUGGGUAUCUGGGUGCACGGCGCACAGUUUCAUUGAGCUAUUUACCCAAUGAAUUGAACGAUGUAAACAGCAACACAGAAUUCGUAGGGAAUUGCAGACUUUCUUCAAAGGUUUCACCCGAUUUAGGGGACGCAAGGGUUGGCAACCACAGAAAAUAAAUUUCACUGCAAUUUAGGGGACAAGAAAUGUGUGGAAACAAAACACUUUCCUGGAAACAAAAAGGUAGGACUUGUGCAGGUGCUGUUCAAGAAAGGACUUUAUCUGUCAAUAUAUUUGUUCUUCUGUCAGUCUUGUAAGACUACAACUAUGAAGCAAAAAGCACCGUUAAAUUGAAAAAAAAUAGCACUUCCACUGUGAGGUUACAAAGGGGAAAAGCACUUCCACUGUUAAUGUAUUACAAUAUUUUUUUGCACUUGACUAUUAGGGAAUUGAUGCUUUGUCCACGUUAGCUGCUGCAUUGUACGCCAUAAACAUGCAAUCUGUAUUAUGUGUGUGUAUAAUAUAUAUAUAUAUGAAAAAUAUCACUGCUAGGCUGUUUGGGAAUUUAGAUUUUAAUGCCAAGAUUCUAAAAUAGAGACCAUUCAAAUCUUAUGAAAAUGUAUUUUUUAAAUGCUGGUCUACCUUUCUAUAAAGCACAUACUAAACUUGUGUUUCCAUUGAUGUCUGUAUUUUUCAAGAGACCUUUCUAUAACAAUGUAAUAAUGUGUGCCUUAUUUAAUUUGUAAAUGUGCUUAAGGAAUGUUACUCUUCGUGUAAACAAAUGACUAAAUAUUAAAACAAUAAAACUUGG